AUGGCCAACAAAUAUAAGUUAACCGAGUCUGAUUUGGAAAUUAGCUGGGAUCUGGACUUUAUAGACAAGCUGCUGAAAUGUUACGAUAUCGAGGUCGAAUCAGAUACACGGCGUUAUCUACUGGAUCUGUCCUACACUCUGGCUCGUAAUCAGCUCGUUGAGGCGCGUCGUUUUGCCAAUUUGAGCAAUAAAACCUGCAUAGAUGUCGAGGAUAUCAAAAUAAGUCAAAUGGAAAAAACCGAAGACUUUCAGUUGGGUACAUUGCAGUUGACCAAACCGAUUGUGCAACAUCUAACAACGCCUUCGGUGACAACGAGUCUGUUGUUGCCACCUUGGCGCAAUUGUCAGGUGGGCGCCAAUGCGGAAUUGAAGCAGCUUCUGGUCGAGAGUGAUGCAAAUAAGUGCACAAAUAAUGGGGCAACACCCAACAAGUUGCCACGUCUUAGCCAAAGAUGCCCCAAGUCCAAUUUCUAAUUAAUUACAAUUUAUUUACAACAUAAUACAAUACAAGUUU